AUGUGGAUGCAAUUGUAUGAGCCUGGAUCACCUACUUCAUACCACAGAAUGGUCCUUGACGUCGCUGGCCCCUCAUUCGAUCCGAUUGAUAGGGAUGAAUUACCGAAUCCUGAUGCGCAGAAAUUUUAUGAUAUGAUAGAUUCUGCAAAUCAAGAGGUGUGGCCUGGCUGUGAAACAUAUUCUCAAUUGUCAGCUGUUGCACGUUUAUUGCACAUCAAGUCUGAACACCAUCUAUCUGAUAGAUGUUUUGAUGACAUUUGUCAAUAUGUGAAUGAGAUGAUUCCUCCGGAUAACCUAAUGCCAAAUAAUUUCUAUGAAACUAAGAAGUUAAUGCAGGAAAUGAACAUGCCAGUAGAAAAAAUCCACAGUUGUAUAAAUGCCUGUAUGAUUUAUUGGGGAGAAGACAGUGAACUUAGCCAUUGCAAGUUUUGUCGCCAUCCCAGGUACAAGCCUACUAGGCAAAUAUCGAAUUCAAAGAGAAAUCUUGUACCAUUCAAACAUAUGUACUACUUUCCCCUCACUCCACGGUUACAACGGUUAUAUGCUUCCGACAUGACUGCUGCACAUAUGCGAUGGCAUGCCGAGCAUGAAGUUGAGGAAGGUGUGAUGCGUUACUGUUCAGAUGCGCCCGUAUGGAAACACUUUGAUAAGAUGCAUCCAUCUUUUGCAGCUGAAAGUCGUAAUGUCAGGUUGGGGCUAUGCACAGAUGGUUUUCAACCAUUUGGAAAAACAGGUCAACAGUAUUCAUCUUGGCCAAUAGUUGUGACACCAUACAACUUGCCGCCUUGGAUGUGUGUGGACACAUAUGAUAUCUCUAAGAAGCAAAAUUUUAACAUGCAAGCUGCUUUGAUGUGGACAAUUAGUGAUUUUCCUGCAUAUUCGAUGUUGUCUAGAUGGGGUACUGCGGGUAGGCUAGCAUGUCCAUAUUGUAUGGAGAAUACAGAUGCUUUUACUUUGACUAAAGGUGGCAAACAGUCAUGGUUUGACAAUCAUCGUAAGUUCCUACCACUGGAUCAUCCAUACAGAAAUAACAGAAAUUCAUUUAGAAAGAAUAAAGUGGUCAGAACGCAUCCUCCCCCGAUACGGUCAGGUGAUGAUAUACUGAAGGAGAUAAAUGAAUUGGGGUUGAAAAAGGUGACAGAGCUUGGGGCUGAUAUUGUUAAUGGCAAAAUUAGUAAGUUUUCGGGUUGGAAGAAAAGAAGCAUAUUUUGGGAUUUGCCGUAUUGGAGUACAAAUCUGAUCCGACACAAUCUAGAUGUUAUGCACAUUGAGAAAAACUUUUUCGAGAAUGUGUUCAACACAGUGAUGGACGUAGAUGGUAAAACAAAAGAUAAUGCCAAAUCUAGAGAAGACUUGAAAGAGUUCUGCCGACGCCCUGAAUUACAUGCUGUUGGUGACGAAUAUCCGAAAGCUUGUUAUACACUAGACAAGAAGUCGAAAAAAGUGUAG